UUUUAUUUUCUAUUUUGUAGCCGGCAAAUGCAGAUAGCACAAGUCUACAAAUCCAGCAUCCGGGACAGUUGUUUGUAGAUCCAUUCUACAAUCGAUUUUUUUAUAAAAUUUUUUUGUUAUUUGGGAAAACGGUUUCUGAAGUGCAAAUAUACGGAACAACAACAAUUACGAAAAUUGUUUGUGCGCGUGUGUGUGUUAGAGAGAGAGAGAGGGGAUUUAGCGAAAAUAACUGAAACAGUUAAGAAGGCAUAGGAGGGUGCAUCGUAGUGUGUAUAGGAGAGUUAUCUUCAUUAUCUUAAUAAUUAAUAAUAAAAAUUAAGAAAAAACGUCGCCGACGCCACCCAAAAGAAAGUGUCGCCGCUACCACUCCAAUAUACACAAACACAGACGCUUACACAGACGUACACGUUCGUAGCCGUCGAGAGGAAGAAGGAGCGCGGCAAAACAAGAUUGUAAAGAGUGCGAGAGAGAAAACGAAUGAAACGCCGACAGGCGACAAAGUGAAAUUAACAAUAAACGCAUAAUUUAUUUAAAAUAACAACCAAUCAAACAAUCAGUAGAAAUAAUUAAGAAAGCGCGUCUAUCGGCCAGCAUCAACAAAGCAACAACAAAAUGGCAACAUUAAAUAAAUUCACGAAAACCCUCUCCAUUGAUGAAAAGACAGAGAUCAAAGAGAAAUUCACAGAGCUGGAUGCGAACAAGGACGGCUUCAUCGAUCUGCACGAGCUGAAGGAUGCCCUCAAUCAGGUGGGAUUCAAGCUGGCCGGCUAUCAGGUGCGCGAGAUGAUCGAUGAGUUCAAGAGCAAACAGAGGACGGCGCAUCAGGGCAAGCUGAAUCUGGAGGAAUUCGAGACGCUGUGCCUGGACCUGAAGAGCAAGGAUGUGGCCAGCACGUUCAAGACGGUGGUGUCCAAGAAGGAGAACCUGGAGACGCUCGGCGGCAUGUCGAGCAGCUCGUCCGAGGGCACAACGCACUCGGUGCGACUGGAGGAGCAGCUGGCCUUCUCCGACUGGAUCAACUCGAAUCUGGGGCACGACAAGGACCUGCAGCAUCUGCUGCCCAUCGAUAGCGAGGGCAAGCGGCUGUAUCUGAGCAUCAAGGAUGGCAUCUUGCUGUGCAAGAUCAUCAACCACUCCUGCCCCGACACCAUCGACGAGCGCGCCAUCAACAAGAAGAACCUGACCGUCUACCGCGAGUUUGAGAACCUGACGCUGGCCCUCGUCUCCUCGCAGGCCAUCGGCUGCAACAUCGUCAACAUCGAUGCCCACGAUCUGGCCAAGGGCAAGCCCCAUCUGGUGCUGGGUCUGCUCUGGCAGAUCAUCCGCAUCGGCCUCUUCAGCCACAUCACCCUGGACAGCUGUCCCGGCCUCGCCGGCCUCCUCUUCGACAACGAGCGUCUCGAGGACCUCAUGAAGAUGUCGCCCGAGGCCAUUCUCCUGCGCUGGGUCAACCACCAUCUGGAGCGUGCCGGCAUCUCGCGCCGCUGCACCAACUUCCAGUCGGACAUUGUCGACUCGGAGAUCUACUCGCAUCUGCUCAAGCAGAUCGCCGGCAACGAUGCCGACGUCAAUCUGGAUGCGCUGCGCGAGGCCGAUCUGCAGCAGCGGGCCGAGAUCAUGCUCCAGCAGGCGGGCAAGCUCCACUGCCGCAGCUUCCUCACGCCCCAGGAUGUCGUCAACGGUGUCUACAAGCUGAAUCUGGCCUUUGUCGCCAAUCUGUUCAACAACCAUCCCGGCCUGGACAAGCCCGAGCAGAUCGAGGGACUCGAAUCCAUCGAGGAGACGCGCGAGGAGAAGACUUACCGCAACUGGAUGAACUCGAUGGGCGUGUCGCCGCAUGUGAACUGGCUGUACUCGGAUCUGGCCGAUGGCCUGGUCAUCUUCCAGCUGUUUGACGUCAUUAAGCCGGGCAUCGUCAACUGGAGCCGCGUCCACAAGCGCUUCACGCCGCUGCGCAAGUUCAUGGAGAAGCUGGAGAACUGCAACUAUGCCGUCGAUCUGGGCAAGCAGCUGAAAUUCUCGCUGGUCGGCAUUGCUGGCCAGGACUUGAACGAUGGCAAUGCCACACUGACACUGGCCCUCAUCUGGCAGCUGAUGCGCGCCUACACGCUGUCCAUUUUGUCGCGACUGGCCAACACCGGCAAUCCGAUCAUCGAGAAGGAGAUCGUACAGUGGGUGAACAAUCGCCUGGCGGAGGCCGGCAAGCAGUCGCAGCUGCGCAACUUCAACGAUCAUGCCAUUGCCGAUGGUAAGAUUGUGAUCGAUCUGAUCGAUGCGAUCAAGGAGGGCAGCAUCAACUACGAAUUGGUUCGCACCAGCGGCACGCAGGAGGAUAAUCUGGCCAAUGCCAAGUAUGCCAUCUCCAUGGCCCGCAAGAUCGGUGCCCGCGUGUACGCCCUGCCCGAGGACAUCACCGAAGUGAAGCCGAAAAUGGUAAUGACCGUCUUCGCCUGCAUGAUGGCCCUCGACUAUGUGCCCAACAUGGACAGCGUUGACCAGAACAACCACAACAACAGCACCCCAGUGGUUGCCACCAACAACAGCAAUUAGCAAGCAGCAGGCAGCAAACAGCAACAGCAAACAGCAACAGCAAACAGCAACAGCAAACAGCAACUCAAUUAUAAAAUAUAUAAAACAAAAUGAAGGAAUUAUAUGGAUAAGCACGAGAUUGAGAACUAUAAUGAAGGGAAGACUAAAACAGAGCGUUUUUCGUAUUUGCUAAUUUACUCUAAAAAAAAAAGCUCUAAAAAUUGUAAACAAUUUGACCCCGCGUCCCCUCCCCCUCCAGCUCCAGCUCCCCGCCACAAAACUGUUCUUCUAACGUUAAUUUUUAUUUAAAUAAUUUUUUUUUUGUUUAUUUGCUCAUUUUGAUCAUUUUUUUAUUAUAUGUAUAUUUAUAUAUAUACGAGAGGGGUCCCACCGACCCCCAUUGUAAUUAAGCGAAACCAUUUUGAGAGAAUGCCGCGCAUCUUUUUUGGGUGCCUGGCAGCGGCGGCGGCGGCGAGUUGAUGUUUUUUUUAUAUUAGAUUUUGUUUAACAAUCGUUUAAGUUAUUCAACCAUAUACAUAGCAAACAGCAAUAGCAUUGGCAACGGCAACUGCAACCCCACGGUAACCUUAUUUUAUAAAUAAAGGUAUUGCGUUUUCUGCUAUAAGUUAAAGAAAAGAAAACAAAACAAAAACAAAAACACGAGGCAAAGAUUUACGUGCAAGAUUAAGAAGGAAUUAAAAAAUUGUAAUAUUAACAAACGAAAUGGAGAGAAAACAAUUAACUUUGUAAUAUAUAUACAAAUAUAUUUAUAUAAACGAUUACGAUAUGCGCCUAUAUACAUACAUACAUACAUACAUAAUAUAUAUAUAUAUUAUACAUAUAUACAAAGCUAUAUAUUUUUGCAUAAACGGGAACGACCGUUGAUGGAUGGUUAGAAAAU